UUCCCCUCUUUUCCCACAUCAUGCACCCACUGCAUCCGUUACCCAGCCAACAACUUUCCGCCAUGCCUGGUCUCAAAGAAAGGCAAUCCAAUGCCAACAGCGUCCAACCUGCUGCCCCCAAACCCAGACACUGCCGCCAAACGAAUAUGGAAUGCCUCAAAUUCGGGCCCCAUAGACCCCAUAAAAAGCAUUCCGCACCCCAGCAUAGGCUGCCUGGUAUGGAUAGCACUCAUCGUACAGCCAUUUCUACCUCCUCCACUGGCGCCACCGCUGGCUUGUCUCAAGCUUCUACUUUGGGCAUCUCGCCCUCUUACGCCACCACUGUAGCAGGACACCUUCACGCAGUACAGACGCCUUCCCCUCACCCGGAAUCUACUGCACCAACUGACGUGUCGGGACCUAGUGCGCCGUCCAUGAGGGCCUCACUUGGGGUUAUGCCAAACACAUUUGGGGUCCUUACCCCUGUUGCAAGCACCUCUGAUGGAGCCUUGCCAUCUUUAAUUGAAGAGAACCACCAGUCCCACUCUGCCAAUGAAUCACCAAACCUCUCUCCCUCAAAUGCCUCUCCUGAAGCGCUUCUUGGUACUCCUAUGGACUUGGACACUGAUUGUGACCAGACGGCUAUAGGCGAAAGGGAAACUACAACCAUCUCCUUAGGCGAUCCUCAUUUUCGACCGUUUGGCCGCGAUCCCACGCCGUUGCAGUUUGUCCCAAAUCUGUUCUCUUCCUCUCAACCUACCGAUACUCAAAGAACAAAUGACCGCCCACUCUGGCUGCAGUCUCCUAUUCGUCCACCUGAAUCGAUAUCUGUUGACUCGCGGCCUGCGGUAGGAGAGAGGCGACAACACGUGACAGGAGAUGGCAGCCACGAUGAUCCACCCAUUGAAGAGAGGCGUGGAGAGGAUGGAGAGGAUGGAGAGGGAGAAGACGACAAUGGUGAUCAAGAAGAUGGCGGGGACCAGGAUAAUGACGAUGCAGCUUCUGUUAUCUCGCACACAUCGAUAGACUCUGCUCUCGAAGCGGUGGGCGGCAAUACCAAGCAAUCCAAGAACUGGAAGACAAGGUAUAAUUGGCCCAGGCGAUCCAGAGAUUUCAGUAGAAACUUUCAGAAGACCGCAGAAAAAGUCCAUUGUGAUGGGUUUAUGUUCCAGUGCUGCCGCUGGUACUCAACUGAUACCGGAUCUUCCGUCGUCCCCGGUUCCCGAGCAGCCUAUAGAUUGAAUCGAACUAAGCGGUUCAUGGGCGACGAUCCUGUCCCCAAUGCCAUUGAACGGGCAAUGGACGGCCAGUUUGUGGAUAAGAAAUUGAGCGAGUACAUUAUUAACUGGGGCUUUCAUAACAAUCCUGGAAAGGACGGCAACCCCGGCAAGAGACCCAUAAUUACUGUCGACCAGCUCUGCCAACUUGCCGAAGUUUGUCUCUCCUGCAUUGCUGAUUUCCGUUAUGAUGAGCGCAAAGCUACACAAAGCGCUCAGCACAGUGCACAUAUCAGAAUGCUCAAGAAGCUGCAUGCGCAGCGGCGCUCGAAAAUGGAUAGCAGGGAAAAGGAAUUGGAGGAAUUUGCUCGGAAGAAUGAGGAGGAAGCAAAGCGUUUGGCAGAGGAAAGGAAAGAGUUAGAGGCUUGGCGUAAUGCUCGUGCUGCAGAAGGAGCAUCCUCCGCCACUGCAAGCAGCUCCUAGUCAGAAUAGAGUGAUUUAGCCCCUUUUAUGUCAUCAUUAAAAUUGGAUAAAGUAUGCGUAUAACGCAAGUCGUAUGAUUCUGUCUCAAGUGUUGUAUAGACAUUUGAUGUACGGCAAAUGCAC